GGCGACGGCGUUCACCGGUAUACCUACCGGGACCUGAAAGGGCGGGUGAACCGGCUGUGCAACGCGCUUGAAGGCCUUGGGGUCGGCAAGGGCGACAGGGUUGGCACGUUCGGAUGGAACACAUACCGGCACCUGGAAGCCUAUUUCGCGCCGCCGACGAUGGGAGCAGUAACCCACACCACCAACAUCCGGCUGUCUCCCGAUGAUCUGACGUACAUAGUCAAUCACGCCGGGGACAAGACGUCGCUGCCUUCGGCGCACAUCUACGAGGACCUGCUGGAGGGUGCGUCUGACAUCUACGACCGUCCGGCCCUGGACGAGAACGACCCGGCGGGGCUCUGCUACACGUCGGCAACGACCGGGAGGCCCAAGGGCGUUACCUACACCCACCGGGCGCAGAUACUGCACGCGAUGAUGGAAUGCUCGGCCGACUCGGCAGGGGUGCGAGAGCGGGACGUGGUGAUGGCGGUGGUGCCGAUGUUCCACGCCAACAGCUGGGGCGUACCGUACUCGGCGACGAUGACCGGGGCGACCCAGGUGCUGACGGGCGUUCGCCCCGACCCCGCCUCCAUCUGCCGGUUGAUCAACGACCACCGGGUCUCCAUCAGCCUGGGCGUUCCCACGAUCUGGGUGGGGAUGCUGGACUUCCUUUCGCGCACCGAGGAGGAGUUUGACCUUUCCUGCCUGCGGAUGGUGGUGAGCGGCGGCUCGGCGGUGCCGCGGAGCAUGAUCCAGGCGUUCAAGGAGCGGCUGGACAUCGAACUGGUGCAGGCCUACGGGAUGACGGAGGCCACACCGCUGGUGUCCUUCAACCGCAUGGGCAGCCACCUGGACGGGCUGGGAGACGAGGACAGGCUGACUGAGCAGGGCAAGCAGGGCACACCGGUAUACGGCGUGGAGAUGCGGGUGGUCGACGAGAACGGGGUGGACCUGGACUGGGACGGCGAGCAGCGGGGCGAGCUGCUGUUCCGGGGUCCCUGGAUCGCUGCGGAGUACCUGAACGACCCGCGCAGCGACGAGACGUUCAUCGACGGCUGGUACCACAGCGGGGAUAUCGCCUCGCUGGACCGGUGGGGCAACAUCCAGAUCGGGGACCGGGUCAAGGACAUGGAGCGCCCGAUCGCCUGCGUGGUGGCGAACGCCGAGUACCGGGACUCGCUGGACAAGGGCGAGGUGCUGGACUUCAUCCGGCCGCGCUUCGCGUCCUGGUGGAUUCCCGACGAUGUGGUGUUCAUCGACGAGAUCCCCAAGACCAGCGUGGGGAAGUUCGACAAGAAGGUGCUUCGCGACCGGUUCCAGGAUCACCAGGCGGGACGCUAA